GCAAAAUGCUUCCAUCUUAUUGCUACAAACUGCUGAAGAAAAUAAAUUGAAGAAAAUAUCAGCUGAUUGUUACUUCAGUAGCGACAUCUACCGUGCUUUCCUCUGUUGGUCAUUUCGCCGCAGUGUCCGUGUCCGUGGCUUUCAUUUUAAUUUUAAAAUGGCAUCCAUUCACAGAAUUAUCUCACGGGGCCUGCAAACUUCUGCGAGGCGGCUUGGAGCCGAAGCCCACGAAAAUCAUGAAGCCGGUGUCGCACUGUGGAAGCGACUGUCGUUCCUGGUAGCCCUGCCGGCCGUCGGACUGUGCAUGGCCAACGCCUACCUGUCGCACCACCAUCACGAGCGUCCCGAGUUUGUCGCCUACGAACACCUCCGGCUGAGGACCAAGAAGUUCCCGUGGGGAGAUGGCAACCACUCUCUGUUCCACAACAGCCACGUGAACGCCCUGCCGGACGGUUACGAGGAGGACCACUAGGUGGCAGGUCGGUCGCCGGCUGUCGCUUCAAUGCGUGUGUGUAUGUGAACAUCGCUAGCAGAACUGAGACGAAGGAAGACUAUGGUGUCUGAAGGGGCGCCUAUGCUGAUCGGGUAACAGGCAAAUACAUUUACCGAUACUA